AGGAAAUGCUGUUUACAUUUGACUUGCGUUAUGAGUUUUUAGAGCGCACGUUAUUAUCACGUUAUAGUGAUUUAUGUGAGGAAAGAAAUAAAACGCUUUUGAAUUACAAGAUUAUACCCGCGUGCCGCAAUUUUAUGGAACAAUUGAACAAAAAAAAUUAACACUAGAAACUACCAGUAAAUUUCCCAUUUGAUGCAGAGGACAAAGAAGGCUGCUAAAAUGGAUUAUAUCUACACUUUGCAGCAAGAGGUGGGACGGGGCAGCUACGGAGUGGUAUUCAAGGGACGUGUGUCGGAGACAGGCUGGUGGGGCGAUAGGGGUGAUACAGUGGCCAUUAAACGUCUACCAUGUUGUAGCCCUGAAAGUAUAGAGCUAUACCUGCAGGAACUCUGGGCUAUGAGAAUCACUGCACGAAACCACCCCAAUGUCAUCGCUCUAUACAACUGCCACAUACAGACAGGGCCGAGGACACUCCAGCCCCUGAGAUCAGGGAGGCUGCCUUUAGACCUGGUAGAAAGUGCUCUCAAAGGGAGAGUGGUGGACAAAGACUCAAAAAGUAAAACAAGAAAUUCGUCCAGGUCAAAGAGGAGACUGGUGUGCACAGAGGAGAUCCCCAGGUGCUGCUUUGCCCUUUGGUUGGUGAUGGAGUACUGUGAGGGAGGGGAUUUGAACCAGUACAUUCUGUCCAGGCUGCCAGAUGCAGAGUGUAACCACAUGGUAGUUCAGCAGCUCAGCAGUGCCAUUGCUUUCCUGCACAGGCAUGGAAUAGUGCACCGUGAUAUUAAGCCUGAUAAUGUUCUUGUCUGUCUUACGAAAACAGGACCAGUCAUCAAGGUGGCAGACUUUGGCCUUAGCAAGAUGGUGGACAAUCCUACAGAUGGUGUGCAAAGUAGAUUGGCUCUUUCCUCUACCUGUGGAUCAGACUUCUACAUGGCUCCAGAAGUGUGGGCAGGCCGUAGUUAUACAGCACAGGCUGACAUCUUCUCUCUUGGUGUGCUUUUUUGGGCCGUACUGGAGAGAAUCACUUUCCUGGAGGAUGGCAGCAAUCAAGAACAACUGGGUGCGUAUGUAAUGCGUGGCCGCUGGCUCACUCCGUUAGGUGAGGCGCUGUGUCAGAAUCCAGACCUGCAGUUGAUCAUCCCUUUGAGAGCGCGACGUGCUCCGCCACUGCCGCCACCUCCAGAUCCCGCAUUGUGUGCCCUACUGCUGGACAUGCUAGCUUCUGACCCUGAUAUUAGGCCCACCGCAGACCAACUAGAGAAGAGAGUCCACCAUGCCAUACAGCUGCACUGAUCUCGGAGCAGCAUACUGGUUAAAGGGAUUCAACCAUACUUUCUUUUUUACACUUAAAGCUGAUUUGUAUAAUUUUUGUAAAAAUUCUUUGUAUCCUAUCCUAAUAUGCCGAGUUAACAUAAGUAAGCUAUUUGUAGGUUGAUUUCACCUAAAAGUGUAAACCGCGUGGCUCUGUGGCACUAUUAAAACAUUCUUCUGUUUAUUUGAGUGGCCUGUUUAGCCCGACUGGAUGUUUUCUAGAAUCUGUUUGAAAACAGAUUUAUUUUGAGCAAUUCCGUAUGGUAGUCGAGGAAAUUACACACUUCAGCUUUAAAGUUAUACACAGACAUAAAAAAAAAGAUAUUUAUGUAUUUAAUGCUGUGCAUCUGUUACCAUAUGAUGAUAUAUGAAUAUAAGGACCAUGCAGACACAAUUAGUAUAGGCAAAUUUAUUUUUAAACCUAGGGCAUGGUUCUUUAUUCUGCCUGCUGUUUUGUUUUGUGCACAGUCGAGACUCAAUUCCUCUAGCCUUUCAAAAUAUGCUCUUUUUGACGUUGGAUACACCCAACGACUGCUUUGUGAUGCUCCAUCUGCUGCAGAGGAGUCUUUGCUGUAUUUUGUGAUGUUUUCAAUGUUUUCACUGUUGUUUUACGUAUUUAUUGGAGAGGUGAUUGAAGAACCAUACAGA